GCGAAAAGCCGAUUAUGUCAGGACAGCAACAUCGACUCCUGGACAUGAGCCUGCCCAUAUGUACUGUAUCACUGCCUGCAUCUGUAUCUUCUGCCCCCGUUCUGGAAGGUAGACAGGCGACAGGGGCCGGAGGAUGGAGGAUGACCAUGACCAAGUUCCCGAUGCGGCCUCGCUGAUGGGCAGCCUCGUUGACGAGUUUCGCUCUGCCCUCGAUGAGUCCCUCAUCAUUGCUAUCGUCGGUGACUACGACCUGGCCCUCCAGUUUGAAGAGGCCCGGGCCAUCCUCCAGGGUCUCUCCAAGGAUGCAGACGCCGAAGAGGCGUCUCGAUUCAACGCCUGUGGUGUGGAUGGCGAUAUCGAUGGCCUCUCGGGGCUCGACGGGCCUGCCAACACCCACUCAUCGCGUUCCAACUCGGGAUCCAAGCCCUGCACCGACUUCUCCUCCAGGACUGAUCCCAGCGACUCUUUGUCUGAGCAGUUCGACUUGCUGGACUUGCACGAGGACGUUGACGUCCUGGCCCUCGACGAGGAUGGCAAGAUUGCUGAGCUAGAGAUCAUGUUUCCCCUCCUCAAGCACAUGGACGUUAAAUUCGCGCUGAGAAAAGCUGACGGGGACUUCACAAAGGCUUGUGAGGAGCUCCUCAGCACCCAGUUUCUGGAGGAUAAUGGCCUCCGCCCAAAGGGAAUCGAAGGAGCUUUCCGGGGCGACGGUCACACUGGUCGUAAGAAAGGCCGCUCCGGGGCGGAUAUACUCAAGGACAAGGCUGGCAAGGCAAGGCUUGAUGUGGAAUACCGACUCAAGCCCCUCGAUUUGGACGCAGAGGGCAAAGCAGCCAGUAGCCCAGUCUCGCCUGCUCUCGCCGCCUCUCGCCCCUUGACCCGUCGCAGCUCGCUCCCGCGGUUGGUGCCGCCUUCCAGCUCCUCGAACGCCGCCAAGACAUCCGCCCCAAACACCCCCGCCCUCAAAGCCUCCACUGAGUGGCAGACCGUCCAGCCCAGCAAUCGGCCACGCAAGACAUACACCGAGCUGGCGCGUGACGCGGCCGAGGCCCGCGAGACGACAGCGGAGUCCUUCACCGCAGCACGCGCUGCAUAUCGGCGGGGCAAGUCAGACGCGCUGUUCCGGCCCGUGGCCGGGGUCCUGGCGGAGCGGGCGCGCGAGCAGCUGGGGCGGUCCAAGGCGGCGCACAGCGAGGCGUACGAGGCGCUGGUCGACGAAAACUCGUCAGCGGGUCACAUCGACCUGCACGGCGUGCCGGUCGCGGAUGGGGUGCGCAUCGCCCUCGAGCGCACCCAGGCCUGGUGGGCCGCCCUCGGCGAGGAUAGGGCCCGCCGGGCCCGCUCUGGUGAGGGCUUCACCGUAGUCACGGGGCUGGGUAAUCAUAGCUCUGGCGGGGUGUCGCGCAUGCGGCAGGACGUUGGUGCGGCGCUCAAGAGGGCUGGGUGGAGGGUCCGCACCGAGACCGGACAGUUUGUCGUGACGGGCAGGACAUAGGCCCUGGCAUGGAGGACGAUGAGAUGUUUUGGGGUUGUUUGCAUUGGCGCUCUUGUGGGAUCUUUCUAGGUAUUUGGGUGUUCUGUUGCAUGGCCUUUCUUGUAUCAUGGCAUCGAACUUGAUGAGGUUGCAUUGUUGGAGCAAUUUGGGAUUGUUUGUCGUAGCUAGGUAAACGGGAAGCCAGACAGAUGCUGAAGUUGGACAGUACAAUUCUUCUGGAUAGAUGGAGAGCAGUUUUGCAGGACUUUUCAGGGCAUGUGCAUGGAAGACGGGCUUGUUGGAAUCUCAGUAUACCGUCAUAGAUGAUGCACUAUAUCCCUGACGGUCUCGUGAAGACGGCCGCAGUGAUAGAGGUUAACAUGCUUCACGGCGCAGUGAGUCUCACUCCAUUCAAGCUAUCGUACUAAUAAAUCCACAUAAAC